GCCGGGAGCCGGAGCGCCGGGAGGUCGGCUCUCCCGCUCCGGCCUCGCGCGAGGCUGCUUCCUCCCGCCCGCGGAUCCCUUUCGCGGCUCGCUUUCUCCUCGGCCUCUGGGUGGAGCCGCCAGCGCAGUCCGGCCUGGGGCUGUUUGUGGACUCAGCGAAGUAGAGCGCCCCGUGGGGGGGGAUUCCCGGUGCGGAGCCCUGCCUCCUCCUGGAGAUGCUGCACUUGUGAGAGGCAGGGGUUCGUUUGAAUUUCUGCACCUCGAGAGUUGCGGAGCCCGCAUCUCUGAAGCUGCCUGGGUCAAGAGCCACAUUUUUUACGUCCCCUCUUGGGAGAGUAGCCGUCUCUGGGACUUGUUUCAGCCCCGUCUUCUCUGCAGAUCACCAGGUUGCAUCUUCACUGAUCGGAAUACAUGUGGGUGUACCUUCUUUGGCUGUAUGUAAACGAAUGGGUCGACAGCUUCCUUAGAGCAACUUAUUUCUCCUUCAUAUAUGUUCUGAAAAGGACAUGGAUGAAAAUGAAAGCAGCCAGUCCCUGAUGACAAGCAGCCAAUAUCCUAAAGAAGCAGUAAGAAAACGCCAAAAUUCAGCCCGGAGCUCUGUAGGAAGUGAUUCUUCUAGGCUUUCCAGGAAAAGUUUCAAACUGGAUUACAGACUAGAGGAAGAUGUAACUAAAUCAAAGAAAGGGAAGGACGGCAGAUUUGUCAACCCAUGGCCAACUUGGAAAAAUCUCUCCAUCCCAAAUGUUCUCAGAUGGCUGAUAAUGGAAAAGGAUCACAGCAGUGUUCCAGGUUCCAAGGAGGAACUUGAUAAAGAGCUCCCAGUGCUGAAGCCGUAUUUUAUCGAUGACCCUGAGGAGGCUGGAGUGAGGGAGGCUGGCCUGAGGGUCACGUGGCUGGGACACGCCACCGUGAUGGUGGAAAUGGACGAGCUCAUCUUCCUCACCGACCCCAUCUUCAGCUCUCGCGCUUCACCGUCGCAACACAUGGGUCCAAAGCGGUUCCGUCGUGCCCCCUGCACCGUCAGCCAACUGCCCCCGAUAGACGCUGUCCUCAUCAGCCACAACCACUACGACCACCUGGACUACAAUUCCAUCAUCGCUCUGAAUGAGCGAUUCGGUCAGGAGUUGAGAUGGUUCGUGCCUCUGGGUCUCCUCGACUGGAUGCAAAAGUGUGGCUGCGAGAACGUGAUCGAGCUGGACUGGUGGGAGGAGAAUUGUGUCCCCGGACACGAUAAGGUCACCUUUGUCUUUACCCCUUCCCAGCACUGGUGUAAAAGGACUCUCAUGGAUGACAACAAGGUUCUGUGGGGCAGCUGGUCUGUCUUGGGGCCCUGGAGUCGUUUUUUUUUCGCAGGAGACACUGGCUAUUGCCCGGCUUUCGAGGAGAUAGGAAAAAGGUUUGGACCUUUUGACCUUGCAGCUAUUCCCAUCGGAGCGUAUGAACCAAGGUGGUUUAUGAAAUACCAACAUGUAGACCCAGAAGAAGCUGUAAGGAUUCACAUUGACGUUCAGACAAAGAAAUCUGUGGCAAUUCACUGGGGAACUUUUGCCUUAGCAAAUGAGCAUUACUUGGAGCCCCCAGUGAAGCUGAGUGAGGCUCUAGGAAGAUACGGACUUAAGACGGAAGAUUUUUUUGUCUUGAAGCAUGGAGAAUCCAGAUACCUCAAUACUGAUGAUGAAAACUCUGAAUAAAUGUGAGCACAGGAGCUGUUAGUGACAAAGGUAUCCUCUAAGCUAGGGAAGACUAAGAAACUCAUGAAUACGAGGAUUUUUUACAUUUGGAAACAAUUUCGACAAGUUAGUGUCUUGUUUUGCGUGAUAACUUGCUACUCCGCCUACCAGGUCAUACAGAGAAACAAGAGUUCGGAGGUGGGUCAUUUACAUAAUGAAUUGGCAAAGGGGAAUUAAAAUCCUGUCUCAAUGGUA